AUGGCAGCAGCGGCCUCAUCAGCUGGCACUACUAUUUCAUCGAUAAUAGCAUUGAUGAAAAAGCAAAGUUUCCGUGGUGAUUUUGUCCCAUUAAUGAAUUAUAACCAAGAAGAUUCAAUGGUUGGUAAUCUUGAAUGGACGAAUAAACCAUUAGCUAAAUAUAUAUUUCGUUUUACUGGUCUUUUAAGUUUUAUUUCAACAUGUAUGAAUACACCAAAAACAUUUGAAUAUCAUCCAUUUCUUCAAUAUGCAACAUUUAUCAUCGAUAUAACUUGUGCAAUUAUAUUAACAAUUGAAGCGGCUGCAAAAAUAAAAACUCAAGGAAUAUUUAUUGGUGAUUCAUCUUAUUUACGUGAUCGAUGGAACCGUUUUGAUGCUAUUAUGGUUUUAAAUAUCUAUUUUUCUAUUAUUUUACAAACGUUCGAAUUAAUUGGUAUUAUGAAUAAAUAUUCAUAUUUUACAAUAAUUCGUUCACCACGUCCAUUUAUUCUUAUAAAAGUUCUCAAAAAGUUUCUCAAAUUUAAAUUAUCUAAAAGCCAGAUUAAAUCUAUUCUUCACCGUUCGAGUUCACAAAUUUAUAAUGUAACAGUCUUUUUUCUAUUCUUUAUUAGUUUAUAUGCCAUAUUAGGUGUACAAUUUUUUGGAUCACUUACAUUCCAUUGUGUUAGAAACGGUACUGAUUUAAAUAACGUGGUACAGUCAGAUUUAAUGAUACCUGAUACAUAUUGUUCACCAACAAAACAUGGUUUUCAUUGUCCAGAAAAUUUUAAUUGCAAAAAAAUUGAAAUUCAACGAAAUUUACGUGGUUAUAAUGGUUUUGAUGAAUUAGCAACUAGUUUUUUUUCAGUUUAUGAAUCAGCUAGUCAAGAAGGAUGGGUAUUUCUUAUGUAUCGAGCUCUUGAUAGUCUUCCAUCAUGGCAUAAUGAAUUUUUUUAA